CCGCUCGGCUCGGGUUACAGUUGCGCUGUAGCUGCUGCACUCGGCGGAGCGCGGAGAGUGUUGUUGCACGACAGGGAGAGGGGGAAAAAAAAAGAAAAGAAAAGAGAAAAAAAAGGAGAGCGUACACCGGGCAUGGGAGCGUUGGCAAGCGGAAUCAGAGGCUUGAGUCGGGCUGGCGAGCAGGUCUGAUCAUCCCGCGGCACUUUUUCUCUCUUUUUUUUUUUCGCUUGUCGGAGCGGCGACGGAACAAGACAGAGACAGACGGAGAGACGUGCCCGUGUUUUUACGCACCGGCCACGCAGCAUGCCCGAGUUGGACUAGAGGCUGUAACCCCUUGCCGGAGCGCAACACGCACGCUGAGAGCCGGGAGAGGGGACAUUUACAAUACAAACUCAAUUCCUUUCGAGAAGAAUAGAGGGAGGAGGAGGAGGAGGAGGAGUGAAAGAUAACACUGGAAUGAAGUGGAGCUCGGGAUUCCCGGCGUGCUGCGGAGUUGUGACUGAUGGAUGAAUGUGGUCAUCUGUAGGCUAUAUACAGCGACAGGUACAGACACCAUCGGGGGAGCGCUGACAAAGACACGGCGCAGCGCUUCAUCGGCAGCCGCAUCGCGCGAAUUGUGUCUCCAGACAGAAAAAUAAUACUAGAAAAAAAAAAAGACUGUGAUUUUUCAUCAGAUCGCAUCGCUGAGUUGUCUCCCAGGUCGCCAGGAGGCUGUUGGGUUUUUUUUUUCUUCUUCUUUUUGUUGGUUGUCUCAGCCACAGGUCAACCAGGACACUCGAGGGGGGUCUCGCUUUCCUCUCCGAUCCGAUCAAGAACCAAACGGGGGGGAGCUUCUCCCUCUGCCUCUGCCCCAUCUCUCGCCACGUCCUGCGGACAGUUCAGUCAAGGACACGGGGGGGCCUGGAGCAGAUUUUUAACUAGUCGGACAGAAGGACAUGUAUCUGAUAUCGACCUCACAUGCUCCCGACUGAUCGUAGCUCACCUUCCCGAAGAUAAAAGGCUUGCCAAGGCGCGCUGUCCGACGCUUCCCGAGUUCUCGGCUCACUCGUCCAGCACGUCCAGUCCAGAAUGGCGGGACUCGGUUGUUGGAAGUAUUACCUCUGGAUCUUUAUUCUAAUGUGCAGGUCGGCGCUGCCCUCGGCCAAGUCGUUGGAGACUAUAAUUUGGAGCUCGCAGAAUUCCAAGUUUGUGGCUGGAAAGGGCCUGGUGAUCUACCCGGACAUCGGGGACAAACUGGACAUCAUCUGUCCCAAAGCAGACCAGGGCAGAGAAUAUGAGUUCUACAAGCUGUACCUGGUGAAGAGGGAGCAGGCGGAGAGCUGCAGUACGGUCCUCGAUCCCAACGUCCUGGUCAACUGCAACAAGCCGGAGAAGGACAUCAAGUUCACUAUCAAAUUCCAGGAGUUCAGCCCCAACUACAUGGGCCUGGAGUUCAAGAGGAACAUCAACUACUACAUCACCUCGACCUCCAAUGGAACGGUCGAGGGCCUGGAGAACCGGGAGGGAGGCGUGUGCAAGAGCCGAGCCAUGAAAGUCAUCAUGAAAGUCGGGCAAGUCCCAAACGCUGCGAACCCCGCGGCGCCGGAGACUCCAGAAGACAACGCCAUACCGGAGUCCAGUCCCAGUCCGCCUGACCAGGGUCGGAUUGGACCCGAGGUGCCAGGAAACCCUGAUACCAUGAAUCAGGACCAGUCCGGUUCCUCAGGUAACUCGGACGGCAUCCUCGGCUCCAAAGUGGCCGUGUUCUCCGCCAUCGGGGCCGGCUGCAUCAUCUUCCUCGUGCUCAUCCUCCUUCUCGUCAUCCUGCUCAUCAAGAUGCGCAAGCGCUCCAGGAAAAAUGCCCACUCGCAGCCCCGCCCGUCGGCGCUGUCGCUCAGCACGCUGUCCAAUCCCAAGAUGCCCGGGGGCACGGCUGGCACGGAGCCCAGUGACAUCAUCAUUCCGCUGCGGACAGAGAACAACUACUGCCCUCACUAUGAGAAGGUGAGCGGCGACUAUGGCCACCCUGUCUACAUUGUCCAGGAGAUGCCCCCGCAGAGCCCUGCCAACAUCUACUACAAAGUCUGACACGCUCCGCACAGCCAGCGACACGGGCAGGAUGGAGAAUGAGAGGAGCGCUUGAUUUACGUUCUCGGGAAGAAACACUUUCCUUUGCAUUUUGGGGACUUGAUGUUUCUUCAAGCCCGUGUUAUUUCUACCACCUGCUGCACAAAUCUGGAGAGACGCGCACUGACCAGUAACCAGCGGGGUUGUGAGCUGACCCAUGAGAGAGGCUAAUUCUGUUUGUUUGGGAUGUCCGACAAUCCCCCCCCCACCCCCUCCUCCUCUUCGUCCUCCUCCACCACCUCAUCCCCUCACCUUGCCUCCCACCUUCUACAUCUCCCCGCCAUGCUCCGACAGGGGGGGCGGAGCUGGAGUGAGCCAACAGAUGGAACUCUUGCUUCCUGGUUCGCUGUCCCCUUUAACGGGCAGGAUAUAACUUAUCUCAGUUCCCUGAAGUACAGUCUGUGCUACACCCAAUUAAACACACCAUCCGAGCACACUAGCCAGGAACAGGCAGACACAGGCCCCGGACGCCACUCAGCCUGCAGUUUGUGUGCAAGCAUUAAAAAAAAGAAAAGAAAACGCGUGUGUGUGUGUGUCUCUGCGUGCGUGUGUGUUAGUCAGGGCUCCGCGCUGGGCCAGGGAACUCUCCAGAUAGCUCAGGUAUCAGACACAGUGUGUGAAAUAAUGUGUUCCUCUCCCUUCGCACCUCUGAUGUUUGCCUUACUUACUAUUUUUGAUGGAGGAUUUCCUCGAACCCUGAUUCAGUUCACAAAGCAGUUGUAUUUUGUUAGACUUUUCCUACAAGUGCACAAUGUAUAGAGUUGAAUAGAUCAUCAUUUUUUCGCUCCAUCUUCUCACCACCCAUGUCAUCCAGCGUGCGCAUUGUUUCUCCCGAGAACAAACCUUUGACCCCGAACUGUUGAUAUCAAGGUGUGUGUGUGUGUGUGUGUGUGUGUGUUUGUGUUCCUGAGAAUACUCCCUUCUCCACUGGUCUGAUAUGAGCUUUAGCAUUACUCUGGUAUUUAUGACCUACUUGUGUGUAUUACAAGGUGUGUCCUCGGUGAGUAUGUGUGUGUUCGGGCAUGUCCAGACCAGUCCUGUUUGUGGGCAGACGCACUGGCUGUUGGGGAAGAAGUUACUGUGUUGUAAGCCUCAAACAGACAGACUCAAACUGACGCGCUGACAGACAGACAAGCCCGAGAUCUCACCAAACCCUUUCCAGUGCUCCAGUUGGCACCAACUGAAGGUUUCACGCGCCUGAUGAGCUUUCCGGGAGAUGGUUUUUAAAGACAGCAGGCAGGUUGAUAUUUGUUUGUUCUGGCUCCUGGUGCUACGGUGUAAGCAUCAAACAGUCAGUUUGGUGCCUGCUGCCUGGGCGAGGUGAGCGUAGGUUGGAUCGUCAGCACUGAUUGGCUGGCCUACAUAGGUAGGAUGCCCUAUAUAUAAGUUGGAUGGCGAACAUUGAGAUACAGUACUGUCACAUGCCAAUUGGCCGCCAUCUGUAGAUGAGUCAGUGGAGUGCGCAGUCAGUGUCGUCGCCAGCGUGUGACUAAUCUGUGUGCCAUCUCCGUGCCCACACUCACCAGCCGGGCGAGGAAAGGAGAGAGGCAGAGAGAGAGAGAGAGAGAUGGAGAGAGCGGUGGAUAAAGGAGAAAAUGUUCCUGUGACUUGGCUUUAACCUGAGAGGAAGAUGGCGGGGAGUGGAUGGGGAUGGCGGGGUGAAGGGUGAGGUGGCGGGGCAGGGGUAGUUUAGCAUUAAUUUUUUUUCCAUCCUCUCACCGGCUUGUGCUGUGAAUAAAAAUGCUGUGCAGAAUAUUCCACAGUCAAGGUGUUCAGCCAGCGAGGACACUGCAGCUCAGCUAUCACACAGCCCAGGGCAGCGGCACCAAGACAGGAUUUACUGCAGCUGGAGUAUGUGCACGUGUGCACACCGGCGCUCUCAUUUAAGGUUGUGUUUGGGGGGGGGGGGGGGGGUUAUUUGUGCUUAUAUUUGCAGUUUCCCCCCCACUGCAAGUGUGUAUGUAUGUGUGCGUUAUUGUUGAACGCCUCUGUGGUGUAGCAGCCGAACAUACUUGUUUUCGGGACUAGGUGCUCCAAACAGUGUGGCUGCCAAAGUACGGAGCGCCGCAGUCCCAGUUAAUGAUGUGUGAGAGGAGAGGGGAGCAGAUAAGGACAGCUAUUGCUCAGCGCACAGACGUGGGCUGACGUUUGACGCUCACGUGCACACACACACACACACACGCAUGCACACACACACAGAGGCAUGCACGCGCCUAGACACACCAAGACUGACGGGUCCAGGUUUAUCUCCAGUCAAACGGUCAGACUGCCAUUUAAUGUUUAUUCACCGGCAGAGACACCCAUCAUCCGCUGCCACAUACUAUUGCCAUCCACGGAUAUACACUGCUGAGUUAAAAGGCAGCCCAGCUUGAAGACCCGGGGAAAGACUCCAGUGGCUUUUUGCGUGUCGUUAACCUCGGAGUUAACAACCUAAACAGCUGCUCGUGCUUUUGUGGCCCUGUGUUUUAACUCAGCAUGCAGCCCCUCUGUGAAACACAUCUACAUCAAAUAUUUUUGUUUCGGAUCGGUGCGCAUCCAUUCACCUACACCAGCCAAGGGAGUCAUUACCAAAUUACCACAAACCAUAUCUCAUUUUUAUUCAUCCUAGUGACCACUUAAUGUUAUUCAGAUUUUUUGAGGGAGAGUUAAAAGAAAAAAAAAAAUGAAUUAAAGAGAGAAAUGUAAAUAUAUGGAUAGAGCCCGAUUUAAGAUGUAAUUUCACCUGAACACUGCUCAUAAGAAAAAUUUAAGAUUAGAUUUUUGUAAUGGAGGAUGUUUGUAAAUAGCUGUCUUUUUAAAGUGUGUUUUGUAUGAAUCCUUGCAUUUUUUUUUCUUUUUUUUUUGGUCUCUGUUUGCAAUAUGUUUUUAUUUUUUCUUUUCAUUAGGAGUUCAACUGAAUAUUGCAACGGACACGUGAGCUGUCUUUUUCUGCAGCGUCCAGUAUUGUCAAGAAAAAAAGUCUUUGUUACCACACGUGUUAAAGAAUAAACAAAACAACAAAAAAGAAAAGAAAACGGGGGUUCAGAGUUUUUACAUCGCCCAUUCAACGGGAUUCGUGUUGCUCAGAAACUGUUCAGGACUGAAGCUUUGUCACCGAGCAGCUUUGAAACGGAUAGGUCUUUGAAACCGUGAAUGAUAAGGCUCCCUUUCCUCUGUUGGAGACUGCACUUAACUCUGCAUAUGAAGACUGUGUUAUUCCACUGCCUUUGAGUUACCUACACUUUCCACUCCAUUAUGAGAUGUAACAAAAACAUUUUGGCCCAGAAAGAUUAAUCUUUUUUUCUCGUUUUUUUUAAUAAGUCUAUCGGGCCAGACAGCGGGAAAGAGCGGGAAAGGGGGAGAAAAGGGAGAAAAGAGGCUAUGUAUGAGAGUGUGACCGUGCAGCGCUCGCCAAUAAAUCAUCCGGUUUACACCACUCAUUAUCUCCCAGGCGGUCCUUUGUUUUAAAGUUGCUCUCUCCCUCCUUUCCUAAUUUAGCACAAGGAUGUUGGUAUGAGCCUCACUGUAGGUUGAUUUCUGCUAUUGUUUCGAAGCCACAGUAUUAUUUUUCAACGUGCAUGUGUAAGCAAAACCUGUUGAAUUUGUUUCCCUUUGUUUGAAUCAUAACUGUCAAGUUUUGUUAUUUUCUUUUCAUUUUCAUUUUUUUUUUUUUUUUUUUUUUUUUUUUGCCAUUCACUUUUUCUCGCCGCUUCUCAGCGUAACCUAUUGGCACCAGCUACAAUGGAAAUAACGUUCCACCAGUUUGGAAACUACCGCAUAUUGAUAAAUAAAAUUUUUCCCAUGGAACUUGUU